AUGCCUCCGCUUUCAGCGACUUGGGUCGGAGGGGCCUAUAUCAAUGGUACGGCAGAAGCGCUGUACAACGGCGGCCUUUUGGGAUGCCAAGCUCCAAUCGGCUAUGCUCUCUCACUAGUAAUGGGAGGUUUGCUGUUCGCUAAGAAGAUGAGAGAAGAGGGGUACGUCACAAUGCUCGAUCCCUUCCAGAUCAAAUAUGGCCAACGUGUAGGAGGUCUGAUGUUUCUGCCAGCUCUACUCGGUGAAGUGUUCUGGAGUGCUGCAAUUCUAUCAGCUCUUGGAGCAACACUGUCGGUGAUUCUUCAAAUCGAUAUGAAUAUGUCAGUGAUAAUUUCUGCCCUGAUCGCCGUCUUCUACACCUUUACUGGUGGUCUCUACGCUGUCGCAUAUACUGACGUCGUACAGCUGUUUUGCAUUUUUGUCGGUCUGUGGGUUUGCGUUCCUGCGGCAUUGCUGCAAGAGGCGACGAAGGACAUCAGCCGCAAUGCCGAGGACUGGGUGGGUGAAAUCGGUGGAUUUAAGGAAACAUGGUUGUGGAUUGAUUGCAUGUUGCUGUUGAUAUUCGGUGGAAUUCCAUGGCAGGUCUAUUUUCAACGUGUGCUGUCAUCACGUACAUCUUCUGGAGCUCAAAGCCUUUCAUUCGUUGCCGGUGUUGGCUGUCUUGUCAUGGCUGUGCCACCAGCACUUAUCGGAGCUAUCGCUCGGAAUACAGAUUGGCGCAUGACAGACUAUUCGCCAUGGAAUAACGGCACAAAAGUGGAAGCAAUACCCGAAGACAAAAGGAAUAUGGUCGUACCACUCGUAUUCCAGUAUCUAACCCCUAAGUGGGUAGCUUUUAUAGGUCUUGGAGCUGUAUCGGCUGCGGUGAUGUCCUCAGCAGAUUCAUCAGUACUGUCAGCCGCCUCCAUGUUCGCCCACAACAUUUGGAAAUUGACAAUCAGACCACAUGCAUCAGAGCGGGAGGUGAUUUUGGUGAUGCGUUUCGCGAUCGUUGCCGUAGGAGUGAUGGCCACCAUUAUGGCACUAACAAUACAGAGUAUCUACGGUCUAUGGUAUCUUUGUGCUGAUCUCGUCUAUGUCAUCCUUUUCCCACAACUACUUUGUGUCGUCUACAUAAAGAAUAGCAAUACAUAUGGAUCACUGACUGGAUAUGCUGUCGGUCUGAUCCUACGACUUGCCGGUGGAGAGCCUCUUCUCGGCCUACCGGCAUUGGUCCACUAUCCAAUGUACACUGAUGGAAUACAGUACUUCCCCUUUAAGACGGCGGCAAUGCUGUCGUCAUUAGUCUGUAUCCUAGCCGUGUCACGCCUUAGUGAACACUUGUUCACGACGGGUCAGAUAUCCCCAGAAUGGGACGUUCUCGGAUGCGUUGUAGUCCCAUCAGAGAGGAUUCCACUUCCAUCAGAUGUCUCCUUCAAUGUCAGCAGCGACACUCUUGCCAUGCAUAAAGUGAGUUACAUGCUCUUAGAGACGAGGGUUACGACUGGAGCUUCGUGGAGCUGCAGUUUUUGCUAUGGGAGUGCCAGUGAAACGAGGCGAUAG